AAAGCUGGAAGAGAAUACAUGUAUUACCUUGCAUAAAGAUUUUAAUAUUCUUUGUUUAAAUCGCACCGUAUUAGAGACAGCAAGCAUUAGACAUCGCAGAUAUCAAAAUAAUUUCAAGGAUAUAAAAUCUUUUCAAAACAAGAAAGUCAAAUAUGAUGGAUGCUAUCAGUUUUGUCCUGGGUGAAAGAACAUCAAAUCUUAGAGUAAAAACAGUCAAGGAACUCAUCCAUGGUGCACCUGUAAACAAACCGAUUGCAACAACUGCUAGUGUAUCUGCAUUUUACAUUGACACUGACAAGGUUGGGAAAAGCACACAAACAGUUUUUACAAGAAAAAUUGUUGGCUCAGGCACAGAGUAUCGCAUUAAUGGUAAAGUCAUUAAUAACAAGGAUUAUCAACAAGCCUUGGAAAACAUUGGAAUUUUAAUCAAAGCCAAAAACUUUCUUGUUUUCCAGGGAGCAGUAGAAUCGAUUGCAAUGAAAACACCAAAAGAGAGAACUGAAAUGUUUGAAAAAAUCAGUGGAUCUGGAGUCCUAGCAGAAGAAUAUGAGAAGCGUAAGCAAGCAAUGGCUAAAGCUGAAGAAGACACAACAUUUUCCUUGCAUAAGAAAAAAGGUAUUACUGCAGAACGAAAAGAAGCUAAAGCAGAGAAAGAUGAGGCUGAGAAAUACCAGAAACUGUUGCAGGAUUUGGUUGAUGCAAAACUCCAGGCACAGCUGUUUAAAUUGUACCACACAGAACAGGAUAUCAAAAAAAUUGAGGUUGAAAUAAAAGAACACCAGAAGGAACAAAACAAAUUGGAUUCCAAAAAAAGUGUUAUAGAAACUCAGCUAAAAGCUAAGAAAUCUGAAAAUGGUAAAUUGUCUCGAGAAAUUGCGUUGAAGGAGAAAGGCAUCGCUGAUAAAGAAGCAGACUUAAACAAGAAGAGACCUCUGUACUUAAAAGCCAAACAAACAACGCAACAUCACAAUAAGAAGCUUGAAGAUACAAGACAAGCUCACUCGAAGACAAAACGAAAUGCUGAAAAGCAAAAGAAUGAGAUUAAGGAAUUGGAAAGAGAACUGCAAGAGGUUCAAGCAAUGGCCAAACAAUACGAUGAGGAAGUUUCACAGGAAAGUCAAGGCCAAAGUUUAGAGCUAAUGGAUAAUCAAAUUGCUGAAUACAAUCAACUGAAAGAAGCUGCUGGGAAGCAAGCAGCUGCUAUUCAAGCCCAGCUGGACAAGAUUAACCGUGAGCAGCGUGCUGACACAGAGAGCUUGCAACAAGUGAAACAACGUAAACAAGAUUUCCUUGCACGACAAAAAGAAUUAAAAGAGCAGAAGCAACAAUUACAGCAACGUAUUACACAAUGUGAUGAAUAUGUCAAGAGUAACGUUGAAAAAAUGAAGAAGCACAAAGACGAGUAUGACAACCUUGAAAAAUCUGUGAGGCAAGCUAAUCAGCGCUACCAAGAAGUCAACACCCUGCUUGAAGGCGUACAAAAAGAAAUUAAUGAGGCGAAAGCUGACAAAUCAGAAAAUACUCGCUCGCAAAGAAAAGCGGAAUUUGUGGAUAACUUAAAGAAGUUGUUUCCUGGUGUUUAUGGACGUUUGGUUGAUUUGUGUGAGCCUGUUCACAAAAGGUACGCAGUUGCUUUAACGAAAGUGUUAGGCAAGAACAUGGAAGCUAUUGUAGUGGAUACUGAAAAGACUGGUAGAGAGUGUAUCCAGUACAUGAAAGAACAGAUGAUUCAACGUGAGCUGUACUUACCUCUCGAUACACUUAAAGUGAAACCAAUCAAUGAACAGCUUCGUCAAGUGGGAGGAACUGCAAAACUUGUUGUCGAUGUUAUCAAGUAUGAUCCUGAGUGUAUUAAGCGUGCACUGGUUUUUUCUUGUGGUAAUGCUCUUGUUUGUGAUACUAUGGAGGAAGCCAGGAAGUUAGCAUUCACUGGAUCACAACGCAAGAAAACUGUAUCGGUGGAUGGAACAAUGUUCGAAAAAUCAGGAGUUUUUUCUGGCGGACUUGGUGAUAUUCAGAGAAAAGCGAAGCGUUGGGAUUCUAAACAAAUUGAUCAAUUGAAACGUCGACGUGACCAGUAUGUUACUGAAGUAAAAGACCUCACCGCAGAGCGCAGAAAAGAAUCUGCUUUACAAGAUUUAAAAUCUCAAAUCAGCGGUUUAGAGUCACGACUUAAAUACACAAGAAGAGAUAAAGAAACGAUAGAACAACAAUCACUUGUGAGUAACGAAAGAGAGCUAGAAGUUAUUGCUUCAAAACUCGAAGAAAUUGAGCCUCAAUCUGAGAAACACGUAGUUGCUAUUUCGAAGCGUAAGAAAGAAAUUGAGAAACUGCAAGAACAAAAGAAUGCAGUCGAUGACGAGAUAUUUGGAUCGUUUUGUGAACAAAUAGGCGUUGAUAAUAUCAGGCAAUACGAAGAAAAACAAUUAGUAGCACAACAAGAAAAAACGCAGAAGAGGUUGGAGUUUCAAAAACAAGAAGGACGUUUACAGAGUCAGCUGGAUUACGCAAAAUCCCACGACCAUAAGGAUCAGCUUAAGAAAUUGGAAAGAAGUAUGAAAAAAUAUGAAGAGGAAAUUGAAAAAUUGAAAGCACAAGAAAAACAACAAAUGCAGGAGAUCGACCGAGACACUAGCGAAUUGGAAAAACUUCGCCUCGAUAUUCAGGUGUUAAAAAAUGAAAUGAACGACAAGGAAAUUGAAAUAAAAGAAGUUAAAAAACGAAUGACCUCGCACACCAAGGAUGAAGUUGCAUUGCAAAAGAAAAUCUCCUCCAAGGAACGACAAUAUGAAGAGAAACUUGGUGAUCGUGUUAGCCUUCUAAAGCAAUGCAAGAUGGAUGAUAUUAAAAUACCACUUAAAAAGGGUUCAUUAAACAAUAUAGAUGCGUCGGCAGCUACGUCUAAUCAAGCCGAUGAAGAAAUGGAGGUAGAUGGCUCUAGCCAGAGUACGAAACUGUCGAGUAUGGACGAUGGCAUUGAAGUGAAUUACAGAGGUUUGAGUGCAAAUUAUAAGGAUCCAGGCGAUGAGGAUGAAGUUAAAAAGAUAUCUCAAGAACUUACCUCGAACGUUAAUAAACUUGAUGCUACAUUAUCGCGCAUUGCUGCUCCUAAUAUGAAAGCAGUGAGCAAAUUAGACGAUGUUCAGCAUCGGUUGAAGGAAACGAGUGACGAGUUCGAAACAACGCGAAAGCGAGCAAGAAAAGCAAAAAUGGAGUAUGAAGCUAUACAGAAAGAAAGGUACGACAAAUUUAUGGAUGCGUUUGAACAUGUUUCUCAAAAGAUAGAUGAUAUUUACAAGGAAUUAUCAAAUAAUCCAAGUGCUCAAGCUUUCCUUGGCUCUGAAAAUGCGGAGGAACCUUAUCUAGAAGGUAUCAGUUAUAACUGCGUAGCUCCUGGGAAAAGAUUCCGACCAAUGGAUAACUUAUCUGGAGGAGAAAAGACAGUUGCCGCUUUAGCUCUUCUUUUUGCUAUUCACAGUUACCAACCCUCGCCUUUUUUCGUGUUGGAUGAAAUAGAUGCCGCAUUGGAUAACACAAAUAUUAACAGGGUUACAAAUUAUAUCAAGAAUCAAACGGAAAACAAUUUUCAGUGCAUUGUCAUUUCACUGAAAGAGGAAUUCUACACGAAAGCAGAUAGUCUUGUUGGUGUAACAGCUGACCCUGAUAAUGAAUGCACCACAACGGAAACGUUUAUGCUAGAUCUUCGAGAAUACGAAGACUGAUGAGCGAAGCCAGAAACUAUAUCAAAACUUUUCGCCUUAUUUAUGUAUAUUUGUUUGUUCAACCUUUUUGUUAAUAUAACUGUUCGAAA